UUCAUUCCGUUCACAACUUGAUUAUAAAGAAAGAUUCAGAGAAACAUAGCUAGUUAUGGCUGCUAGUUGUUGUGGUGCUAAAAAACAGAAGUUAAAUAAUCAUUCCAGUCCGUGCUGUAAUGAGAACGGAAAUAUAAUCCAUCAUCAUACUUACCCUACAAACAAUUACAAAAAUGGAGUUGUUGUUUGUGUUGAAAUGUGUUUCUUUUGUUUCGAUGUGCUUUACUGCCAUUUAAAUCAAUUCGAUCCACCUAAAUCUCCAACUUUUCCAAAUGAUAGUUAUCCACUGUUUGUGACUUGGAAAAUUGGAAAAGAUCGGAGACUUAGAGGCUGCAUAGGAACUUUCAAUUCUAUGAAUUUGCAUGCUGGACUCAGGGAAUAUGCUGUUACAAGUGCUUUCAAAGAUAGUCGAUUUAGUCCAAUCACUAGAGACGAAUUUGGAAAGUUACAUGUCUCUGUCUCUAUUCUGAGACAUUUUGAAGAUGGUGAAGACUAUAUGGACUGGGAGAUAGGAGUUCAUGGAAUCAGAAUAGAGUUUUCAACAGAAAAAGGCUCCAAACGAACAGCUACAUAUCUUCCAGAGGUGGCAUCAGAACAAGGGUGGGACCACAUCCAGACCAUUGAUUCCUUGUUGCGUAAAGGUGGCUACAAGGGUACUAUAGAUUCUGAUGUUCGCAAAUCCAUCCGGUUGACUCGCUACCAAAGUGAAAAACUGACUGUCUCCUAUCCAGAGUACAGGGAAUACUGGAGAAAUACAGUCACCCGUGGACACUGCUAACAUAGGGAGACCUUAGCUAAAUUUUCACCUCUACUCAUACUGAAACUGGCACAAGAAAGUACACGUCGUUUUUACAAGUGUUCAAUUUCUCCUGCCAUACAUAUCCAUACCAUAAGGCUUUUAUAUGAGAAACAAAUUGAAGUGAUAGGUCAUUCUUAUGAAAUAAUAAAGAGACAUAUUAUUGUUCCAUGUGCUCUAAUUUUAGAUAGUUGUUUAAGAGAAAUUUUUGAUAUGAUAAGAAAAUGUUACUGUGAAAUUUGUUUGUAAAUCUGAAAAGUUUCCAGUUAAAUGUGCUGCUUGAAACUGCAAGUAUUUAAACUCAGUCAAUGUACUAUUUAGAAAUAAUAACUAUUUUGAUAUUUUAAAAAUAGUUGUUAACUCUUUUCCAUAUGAGAAAUUUUAUUGGUGUUCUUGUUUAAAACAUGUGCAUCAUAUAUUCUAAUGUAUAUUAUUUUCCCCUUAUAGUGUGAAUUUUUCCGUUUUAUCCAACAUGACUGUUGAUUAUUUGAAUGUAAGAAUGUUAUAUUUCACAUCAUUAU